CCCGCCCGCCCUCGGUGCUCUGCUCCCCGCCGCGUCGCCCCUGACAAAUGAUGUGUUUUGUGAUCGCCGCGAUGAAAGCUCAAAUUGAAAUUAUUCCAUGCAAGAUCUGUGGAGACAAAUCAUCAGGAAUCCAUUAUGGUGUCAUUACAUGUGAAGGCUGCAAGGGCUUUUUCAGGAGGAGUCAGCAAAGCAAUGCCACGUACUCCUGUCCUCGUCAGAAGAACUGUUUGAUUGACCGAACUAGUAGAAACCGCUGCCAACACUGUCGACUGCAGAAAUGCCUUGCUGUGGGGAUGUCUCGAGAUGCUGUAAAGUUUGGUCGAAUGUCAAAAAAACAGAGGGACAGUUUGUAUGCAGAGGUGCAGAAACAUCGAAUGCAGCAGCAACAGCGAGAUCACCAACAGCAACCUGGAGAGGCAGAACCACUGACACCAACAUACAGUAUCACCACCAAUGGGCUAACAGAGCUACAUGAUGACCUCAGUAAUUACAUUGAUGGGCAUACCCCUGAAGGUAGCAAAGCAGACUCUGCAGUUAGCAGCUUCUACUUAGACAUACAACCUUCUCCAGAUCAGUCGGGUCUUGAUAUUAAUGGAAUCAAACCAGAACCAAUAUGUGACUACACACCAGCAUCGGGCUUCUUCCCUUAUUGUUCUUUUACAAAUGGGGAGACCUCGCCAACUGUGUCCAUGGCAGAAUUAGAACAUCUUGCACAGAAUAUUUCAAAGUCACAUAUGGAAACUUGCCAGUACUUGAGAGAAGAGCUACAGCAGAUAACAUGGCAGACUUUUCUGCAGGAAGAAAUUGAGAACUACCAGAACAAGCAGAGGGAGGUAAUGUGGCAGUUAUGUGCAGUCAAAAUAACAGAAGCUAUACAGUAUGUCGUGGAGUUUGCCAAACGCAUUGAUGGCUUUAUGGAACUGUGUCAAAAUGAUCAAAUCGUGCUUUUAAAAGCAGGAUCUUUAGAGGUUGUGUUUAUCAGAAUGUGCCGUGCCUUUGACUCCCAAAACAACACAGUAUACUUUGACGGCAAGUACGCUAGCCCAGAUGUUUUCAAGUCACUAGGUUGUGAAGACUUCAUUAGUUUUGUGUUUGAAUUUGGAAAGAGCUUAUGUUCUAUGCACCUGACAGAAGAUGAGAUUGCUUUGUUUUCUGCAUUUGUUUUAAUGUCUGCAGAUCGUUCAUGGCUUCAGGAGAAGGUAAAAAUCGAAAAACUCCAACAGAAGAUUCAGCUAGCACUUCAGCACGUCCUGCAGAAGAAUCACCGAGAAGAUGGAAUUCUAACAAAGUUAAUAUGCAAAGUGUCUACUUUAAGAGCACUGUGUGGACGACAUACAGAAAAACUUAUGGCAUUUAAAGCAAUAUACCCAGACAUUGUGCGACUUCAUUUUCCUCCAUUGUACAAGGAGUUAUUCACUUCAGAAUUUGAGCCAGCAAUGCAAAUUGAUGGUUCACUGCCCACAGACUUUCAACAGAACAAUCAAUUUGUUGAUCACAGCAGAGUCCAGCGACUGGUGUGUACUGCAGAGGUUUCAGCAUCAGUUUGCACAACUUGCUCAUUGUUUCAUGAAGGACGAAUUUUUUCAUCUACCAUUGAUUGCCAGUAGGCAGAAUGGCACGAAAAGGGUCCAUAGCAAUAGCAACAAUAGCAUUAUAAUAUAUUACAGGGUAAAUGGGCAUGAAGACUAUAUAUAGCAAAAGAGAUAUUGUUUAUAUAUUGUUUUAAUUAAUAUAAAAAGUAGUUACUGGUAUAGCUUUUCUUGUUGAAUUGAUAAGGCACUUUCAUUUUGCACCUUUUUCUUUAAAUUAAAUGCUAGCGUGUUCAUUGUCGUGUUGCAUGUGCACCAGAAAUUCAAGUUUAACUGAAAAGGUUUGGAAGGUACUGAUACAUUGGAAGGUAUUUAUGCUGCUGUUUUCAACAUUACUUUUCAAGAGAGGCUGGUCACAUCCUGAAAAGAUUACAUUGAUUUUUAGAGUCUGAAAAUGAUGAAAAUUUUCUAAAAUCAAAUUUAGCUUUUCAGCUGCUUUUUAAAGGGUGCUUUUAUUUUUAUACACAACCCAAAAGUUUCAAAUCUGGGUGUUUAAAAUUGCACGUCUCAAUCCAUAUUUAGACUCUGAAAUUAAAAACCCUGAUUUUCAAAAGUGCCAAGCACCCACAGCCAAAAAUUUGCUGAGCAUCUGCAGUCAAUCACAGCUGCAAGUGUGAAGCACCCUUGAAAAUCGGGCCAUUAAUUGUGGUGUAUAAAUAUGGGUAUGGAUGCCCAGCUCUAUGAACCCAUGUUUGAAAAUGUUGACCAGAGUGUAAUAUACACACAAAACAAUUUGUGUGUGUUAUAUAUACACUGUUACAUACUUUUAAACUCCACAUGGUAAACAAUGCACUUAAAGCAAAAGCCUAGUCCCAUUGAUGUCACUGAGAAUUUUGUUACUGACUUCAGCAGGCUGUUUUCCAAGAUCCAGUUUUAUCCAGCACAGCACAACAGAGAAGUCCUUUGCUUUUAGAGCACAUAUGUAUGGCUCUAGAAACAGCUAGGUUUAUUUGGAAAGAAGCACUCUCUAAGGCUUAUCAAAUAAGCGCAAACUGAUAAAAUAAAGGCACAAUACUUUUGAUAGAAAGCAGGCAUUUUAUAUUCUAUAUAAAGCCUGGAACUCAUGAGAGUGGACUAUAGAAUGAGCAGUAAGAUGAUAAACCUAUGUUGUGUAAUUCCAAAAAUGAUUGUGAUCCAUGCAUUAUACUAAUGAGGGGCCAAAGUUUGCAGUCUUUACUUAUGCAAAUUACCAUUCUCUUUACAAGGAGUUUUGCCUGAAAAUGGAUGGCAGAAUUUUGUCCCAAAGGAGGAGAAAAGUCAGAUUUUAAAAUAUUAAACUAAUUCUGAAUGAGAGAGCCAUAUUAAACAACAUUAAGGAUAAGUUAUCUAGCUUGGACGAGAAGGGAGCCCUCCCCAUAUUUAUUUGGAAGAGUAGUUUUAGGAUUGCAACCUGAUCUUCCAGCUCAGUUGAACCAGAAUGUUAAUCCAGGAAUUCUUCUUUGGCUAACUCUGCCCUCGGUUAGCCAGUGGAAAGCCCAUUUCUGCCUCAGUGUCAUUCCUAUGGUACUUCUGAGAUUAGAUGACGCAUGACCGGAGUGUAGACCAUUUCUGUUUUAUAUGGGAAGCCAGAGGUAAAAUAUCAUAAUAUAUCCACUGAAUAUCACUUUAAUGAGUCAUUUUGGACUAAAUUUAACCACUUAUUAUAAAGCAAAAUGUACAAUCUGUUCAAAAUUCAGUUUUCUUUCUUUAUUAAUGCAAUCCCUAAAUGUUUAGUCCCCGGUUGUCUACGCCCAUGUUAGAAGUGUUAUGCAGCUGUGGCUUGCCUGAAAUGGAAUUUAACAGUCACUGCAAAGCUGGAACCACCCCCUUUGAAUUGGAAGCAACUGGGGUGUUGAAUUGGGGCUACCUGGGAGCAAAGUGAAACUUUGCAUUUUCCCAUAUAGACAGUUUCUUAAAGUUAUUGUUAACAUAUUGGAGUAGCACCUCAGGGCUUUCACCGUAUUCUGCUAGGCACUGUACAAAGAUAUAAUAAAGGGCAGCUCAUGCCCCAAAGACCUUAUGAGGUGCUCCAAAAUAUGAAUAACUUUAUUUUCUAAGGUUGGUGUGAGUAUAAGAUCACGUUGUAAUUGUUUUACACUACCCAUCCAGUCCCAGCUCCUUUUCCUAUGAUCACUUUUUUUUUCUUUUUAGUGUAGGAAGGAGAUAGGGAGAGUGAUUUAAAUAAAAGAUUUUGGUGUGUGACUAAUCUGUGUGGUAAAGUGUGCGCGUAAUAUAUAAUACCUAAAUAACUUCCCAGGUAAACCUACUUAAUCCUUUUUUUUUCUUUAAAACCGAAAUGGCAGUAAUGAUAUAUUUACCUGGACAAAUUGGAGCCUCUGCACUUUA